AUGAGCCAAUUUCAAUUGUUUCCUCCUCCAUCGCCUGAGGUAAAUAGAUCCAAUAACCCAUUUCGCAAACCGGGCAAGAAGCCAGCGAAAACUGAACCAGAACCCUCGAUUCCAUUGCAAGAGAUCAAAGAUCCCAGCACUUCCGAGUCCGUGCUGCUUCAGAUUAUUGAAGAUACACAGGGUUUUCCCCUACCUCCAGGAAAUGUUGACAGAGCCAAAUCCCCGCCACAAAAGAAAUCCCCGCCCUCUGUGACGGGGAGUUCUCAUGGUGCGAGAUCACCUCAGUCUAUGAAUAGUCAAAACCGUCAACCCAAAGCCCCAAAUCACGAAGUGUUGCCUUCGCAUGGUAGCCAUAGCAGCAACAGUAGUAGUCAGACCGCAGCCUCCGCCAUCUCACCACACUCAUCGCAGUCUUCCGUAUCGCCAGUACCAAUGAGAUCCAUUUUCCCUCAAUUUGACCCGUCAAUACCACUCAAUCAGCAAGUAUACCAUCCACAGGAUGGAAUCAAUCUACAACCUCCGCCUCCAAAAAAGGACCGCAAGCCUCCCAAGCUUACUCUGUCAACGGGCGCCGAGAUUGAUCACGUUCUUGGGCCGAAGACUGUGCCUGCUAGUCUUUUCAACUUUCCAAAUGGCUCUAUGGGCUCUCAGGUUGUUGAGUACUCCUCAACACAGGAGCUGAAAAUGCUAUGGGAAAUAGCCAAUGGUCAACGGCCUCAAGAGAUGGUCGGAAUGCUCAACCUACGGAUAUCGAAGACCGGGCCAGCAACAUUCACUCUCGGCAAUUACCAGCAACCAUUCUAUACACUACAAACAUACUCCACAAAUGAGAUCGCAUUGAGCAGAACCGAUCCAUCCAAGACCACUAACGAUGUUUCUAUCAUGAUGAUGAAUCUGGAGGAUCGAGCUCGGCGUGAGCAUCCUCAUGACGGGCUUGUCACUCUCCUCUUCUCCAGGCUAGCUGCCAUGCUAGCAAUCGACCAGGCUGCAGAUAUAAGCAAGCACUACCAUCUCUCUCCCUCAGAAACCUCGGAAGUGGAGACUGAUGCCCUCAAACGCGCCGCAGCGCAAGAAUCUUGCCGACUGUCCUGGAACCGGCACCAACGACUCUACGAGCUAAGACACCCAUCUCUCUCUCAACGCCAUCCACCCGCUCUGGUGGGCGCUGCAGGGAUUCCUUUAUCGCCUGUCAGAUCUCAGUCUCCUGGCAUGGUCCACAUCACAGUCUCUUCGCCAUCCAGCAAUGCUUCCCCCCGCCAACCACCAACCAUCAUCGUCACUGGACCAGUCUCACCAACAGCAAUUGAGGCAUCCCAGCAGGCGGCCAACCCACGCACCUCCACUCUCCCAGUUACAGACCAGGAUGAGCCGCUCGCAAUACUGGAUUUUGGCACUAAAACUCUUUCCAUAUCGCCAGCGGCCGUCAUCGCCACCAUCCCAUCCCUGUACGCCAUUGACUCGCUCAUCGCUGCGAUGCUAGCAGUCGCUGUCUCAGACGAGGCCACCAAUCCUCUAUUAGCAGAUAUGGCUCUGGGCUCACCCGAGCCAUCCCGACCAACCACUUCCCAAAAUCCGAAUCCAUACUCGAUGCCGGUUUUCCAGGGUAAGUUGGUGACAACGAUUGCCGAGCGCGAAGACGCGGCACAGAGCAUGGAUCUGGCGUCGCAGAUCAAGUCGGCCCAGAAAAAAUCAAAAAGCAAAGCUGAGCCAAGGAGAAGGUUUAAAUUCUGGGGCUGGGGCUCAUCUAAAUCCCAGAAUGGAGCGGCUACGAACAAGAACCAGCCGGCUGUUGAGGAAUUUGAUCUAGAGAAAUAUGGUCGGUAUGGAAGUGGCUCACGAAAAGGUGAGAAGCUACCAGGCCCUACUCGUGGAAUACUAUGUAUCCUUUUCUUUGGAUUGGAUAUGAUUGUCAAAGCUUUGACUCUCUUGGUCAAGGUUUUGGCUUGGCUGCUGGUUAAAUCGACACGGUGCGUGACUAGCGAAAAGUUCUGA